AUGACCUCCGACAGAACCCACAAUCCAGCAGCUCCGGUUUCCCGGACAAGGACAGGCUGCAGAACCUGUCGGUCCCGCAAGAUCAAGUGUGAUGAACGACGGCCUAAGUGCCAGAGAUGCACAAAGGGUAACUUGGAUUGCAGCUAUGGCCUGCAAUUGAUCUGGCAUGAAGAGUCCCUGUCGAAGGGUGUCUGUCAUGGGCGAGCUGGUGUAUGGUCCAAGAGUGGCCGGCGGAAGGGUAAUACACAGCUUGAGGGUCAAUUUUCUGGUCAACGGAAGGGACUAGUCACGACAAGACCGAGUAGCAGUCGCGGUGUGUUCCUAAAUACUACCAUGAACGAUGUCAAGCUGUAUUUUGAAUAUGCUGGUAUGGCUGAAGAAGCGGACACAGACGAUAAAUACGAUACUCAUGACAUGCUACCGAAUGAGAAUCGGCAACCCUCACUCUCACUGCCAGUCUUGAGUGCCACCACGCUGGGACACAUGCGCACAUUCGACUACGAUUCGGCGCUUUUGUCGUACUAUGAAGCCGUAGUCUGCAGCUCGAGCACAUUACUAGACGACGCCAAGAACAAUCCAUAUCGACACUUGAUUCUGCCUAUGGCCAUGCAAUCAGAGGGGUUGUAUCAUGCUACACUAGCCGUGUCAGCGCAGAUUCUACGGAUUGCUGAGCCGCGGUUUCAAUUCGCUGCUCUUGAUCAUGGACAUAGAGCUUUGCGUUGUUUGAUCUCAAGCUUACAGCGCGGACAGUCCAGCCCUCAGCACACAAGCCAGAAGCAAAUGUCACAUGCAGAAAUUGAUGAAGUUCUUGGUCUCGCGCUGAUGUUGUGCUGGUUCGAGAUUACAGAUGGUUGUCGACCGUCAUGGGUGACGCAUUUGAAGGGUAUCCAUACACUAAUAAACCAGUAUCAAGAUGUUUUCAUCAAGAGCAGCAGGAAUUCGGACGUGAAUCGUUUUUUCAGUCGGUAUUUCUCAUUUCAUUUAGUUUUGGCACGGACAGCUUUCAGGGUUGAGGAUGACAUUACGUUUAUGAGGACGGCUUCAUCUACGAACACCGAAAGCACUUCUUCACAAGAUUCUCCUUCGAUCUCAAAACUCACGGAUUUUCUGUCUCUGGCUAUGCCACUCGAAGAUCUGGAUCAGAUCGACUCAUACAUGGGCUUUAGCAACUCCCUUCUUCUCCUCAUCAAUGAGGUUGCGGAUCUCGCAUGGAGAUACCAUUCCAAGGAAUCUGUCGAAGCCGACCUGCCAUUCGUGCGAGAACAUGUUCGACGAUUACGGUCGUCUCUAGAGACAUUACAACAAACACCGCCCCCGUUGGCUGAGAAUGGCCGACUUGGCGAUAUGCCUUUUUAUGCUUUUGCGACAGAGGAAGACGGGUUGCUUGAGCGGACUGUAGCUGAGUUCCAGGCUAUUGCAGAGGCCAAUCGAAUAGGGGCGUUGCUGUUGUUGCACGAGGUGUGCGCUUCGAGGUUUCAGAGACCAGAUCUUUUCAAGACUGCUACUGCGACAGAAAUUGAGUCAAGUGAAUCUGGUUCUGCAUCAACAGAAUAUAAGACCCGUUACGUACGCGGAAUUCUAGAUCCCAUGAUCCAAAAUAUCAACCGCAUCAGUCGCACGGCUGCACUACCCCUGUGGCCGCUGUUCAUCGCUGGAUGUUGCGUUACAACGGAAGAGGACCAAAUUACAGUAAUGAAGAUAUUCGAAGAAACAGAAAAACUAAAACGAUACGGUAAUAUUACACCGGCCAGACAAGUUAUUGAAAUGAUUUGGCGACAACGAGAUCUAGGAGUGCAGGACGAUAGGAAACGGCGGCAUACUGCUGCUAUGGCUAGCCAGGUGCACGAGGUAAAUACAAUGCCUUCUUCAUUCUCUACGAAGGGAAUGCAGUUCUUUGAAUGGGAAAAAGCUAUGAUGAUGAUGGGUGGGUUGAAGUUGAGUUUGACAUGA